AGUAUGUUUUUCUCACUUUUAUACAUUUUGCUACUCAUGGAGUAUGUUCGUCGAACUUGGAUCGAGUCGGAUGUGUGGCCUGUGCACAGUUGGUCUGUGUACGGAUGCUCUGUCCGUACAAAGAAUGCUGUUAAAGGGUGGCACCAACACCUCAACCAAAAGGCCAACAACAGCUGCCGCCGUUCUGGCGAAGCUACUGCAUGAUGAGGCCGUCACCGCUGCCAGAAACGCGGAGCUCAAGUCUGAUCUGAAACUCGUCCGAUAUCAGAGAGCCAGAUACGCAACUUGUCAGGGGAAGACUUUCGCCCUGUGGAUGCGCCACAGAGAGGCCAACCUCACCUCCACAGGUCUGCUUCAGCUGCCUGUAUUAGCCAGUUACUGAAUGGCGAGCACUUUAUGAGCAGCAGUGCAACACAUUACAACGUUGUGCAAGAGAAACAGAUGUCUGUGCUCCACAAUCCGUUUUCUGUGCAAAUCAACCAGAAAGAGAUAUCGUCGUUAUCUGCGGGUCUCCACAUCGCUGUGUCCGUCUCCACUGAGACCAAGGUUGCAGUGUUUUGGGGUGUCAAUAUCCAGGCCUUCCAACUAGAGCUGAACCGUCCUGCUGGCAAGAUAGCCUCGCGUCUUCAGUCAGGGGAAACAUUUGAGGGACAUUUUGUUCACAAAGAAGGAGCUGAAAUCUUAGCCCCAGCUGAUGAUGUGGUUCAGUGGCACCUGAUUUGUCCCAGUGAGUUAGUAGAGGACCGCCUGGGGGAGUCCCCAAGAUCUAUGUACCCAGCAGUCAUUGUCAUGUUGCGAGAGGACACAGACAUUCCACAGAAUACCACAGCCAUUAUGCUGCAGCUCACCGUGAUACAUCUCAAGGACUCCCUGUGCAGUCUGGACUCACAUAUUGUGUACCAGUUUGUGAAAACAAACCAGAAUGGCAUCAUCAGCUUGCAGCCUAUCUUUGUAAGCCAUGAUGAAGAGACAAACAUUCCUGCUGACAAUCAGACUUUGUCUUCUGAAAUUUCUCCCAAAGAUGGCAAUGAAACAGACCUACAAGAAAAUCUGAACAUACACUCAGAAGACUGUAAGGGCCAUCAACAAAACAAUGAUGAUUAUCAACAAUCUGACGAAAGCUGUGAUAUACGUGGAUGCUGCUGUGUUUGUCAGACUUUACCAGUGUUUUACACGCUGUUACCAUGCCGACAUGCCUGUGUGUGCAGGUCAUGUGUCAAGCUUCUAGACAGGUGCCCCAUUUGCAGGGGGUAUAUCGACUCAUACUUCAGAGUGGCUGGGAGAAAUAGUGCUUCCGAAACUGAGCUUCAAAGUAACCAGGAGGAAAAUAACAUGACACGCUGGCAGGCUUUUAAUAACUGGUUCAAUGACAUGUUUGGCUUUGCAUGAUCUACCCGUGCUCGGUGUUUUAGAUUCAAUUGAUUGGGUCAAUGAUAUUCUGCAUUUUAUGCUUUUAAUAGUUGCAUCAUUUUAUUCUUUUAAAAUGUCUUUAGAUUUUUGUUAUUAAAAGUCAUUUCAUUUUGGUGUGCAUCUAUUUUAACAAAAAUGACCAUAUUGGAAUAGCCAAGGCGGGAGGUGGGAAAUAUUUGUCAUAACUUUCCAUAAGUGAUCUGUUGGAUGAGACGAUCUUGUGUGCAAAAAACAUAUCCCUAGGUCAGUGUCACAAUUCAAGGUCAUGUGUCAGAUUUAAGAAAUUUGUACUUGACACUUUUUCUGGAGCACAACUUUGUCCAGCAUUAAUGGAUUUUCAGAUUACUUGCCAUCAAGUGAUCAGAAUGAUGACACAGAUUGUAAGGGGCGUAAAACAGGUCACUAGGUCUCAAGUUAAUGUCACAUGUCAAGGUCAAAGGUCAAAACAAAGUCUUGAGCAAGUAAGAAUGUGUUCUAACUGUGCAGUGUUCUAACUGUGCAGUCUCUACAAGCAUACCUUUUGGAAUACACUUUAACCAAAUCCCUGUGUAAAAGGUCAAUGUCAAAAUUGAAGGUCAACGGUAAAAUAAGAGAUAUCAAUUUUGUCAAAUCUUGACCAAAAUUGUUGGUUAACUAGCGAGCGUAGCUUUGUAACAAGGACACUCUUGUUUGGUUUAUUUUUCUUUAAUCUAAUUUGUUUUGAAAGGAGGUUUUUAGCAAAAUUAUUCUUUCAUUUUAUGGAAAAUGAUUUGUAACAUGUUAAAGAAAGAUGGAAUAAUAUAUAAAAUAAUAUUGUUUUGCCAUUUUUAGUUGCAGUAAAUAAUUACAUGUAUAAACAUGCAAAUUUUCAAGUGAAAAAUAAAACAGUGAUUGCUAUUUUUUCAAGCAUUGAAUUACAUGUAUAAGUAAGUUAUACGUGUAACUAGUUUAAUUGUUGCCAAAAAACAUAAUAUAAGAGUAAUGUUUUUCCAUUUAGAGAUGUGCAAUAUUCACCAUGAACCUCUUACAAAUAUUGUUUAGUUCAUUCCAUUUUAAAUGUUCUUACGGUAUGUUAUUCUGAAAUUAUACUCUGUUUGCACCAAGCACUUUCAAACAUAAACAUAUUUAAUUGUAUUUUUUUUAUAAACAUAAUAGCUCUUAGUUGAAUGGACGUCUUUUUCUUUUAUAUGAGCUGAUGCCAUUUUAGCAAAUUGUUUUUCAUUUUUGGUGAACUGGGGCUUUAAAUAUCAAAGGGAGAGAACCACAGCUUCAGGCUGAGAGCACAGUAGUUGUCUUAAAAUGUUUGAGUAAUUUCAAGCAGGAAUCUGUAGAUUUUUCUAGAACAGUUGAUUUAUUCGGCUAUUUUGGUUGCAUAACAUUAUUAAAGCGAUCACAAUUAAGUAGAGCACAGUAAACUUGAUUUACUAUAAAAGAUUCACAAAGAAUUUAUGCCCACACUUUUCAACAUAAACUGACAACUGGCAAUUACUGACAGCUUACAGAGUGCAUAAAUAUUUCUGACAUAACUCUGGAGUCGACACUUGACAGUAGAUGGUCUCUUUAACAGUUUAGUAAAUUAGAGUUUAAACCUGUCGGUUGGUUUGUCCAUUAAUUGGUAGCAUGUGUUGUUCAUUAUACAUGUAGGUUGAAUGUCCUACUUUGGAUGUGUUUACUGUUAUAAAUUAUUGUAAAUCACAUCACACUACAGAAUUGAUUCUAUUUUAGCUCUCCUGAGCACAAUGUGCUCAUGGUGAACUUUUUGUCUGCCCUGCAUCGUGCGGCGUCAACAUUUGACUUGUUAACACUCUAGAGGCCACAUUUAUUGUCUGAUCUUCAUGAAAUUUGGUCAGAAGAUUUUUCCCAUUGAUAUCUUGGACGAGUUCAAAAAUGUUCCAGAUGGUUGAAAAACAUGGCCAACAGGAGAUGGGGCAUUUUUCCUCAUAUAGCUAUAGUUAAACCUUGUUUACACUCUAGAGGGCACAUUUAUUGUCUGAUCAUCAUGAAACUUGGUCAGAAGAAUUGUUACAAUGAUAUCAUGGACAAGUUUGAAAAUGGUUAUGGUUGCUUGAAAAACAUGGCCACCAGGGGGCGGGGCAUUUUGCCUUAUAUGGCUAAAUAUGUCUAAAGUAAAACCGUAUUAACACUCUAGAGUCCACAUUUAUUGUCUGAUCUUCAUGAUUGUCUCAAUGAUAUCUUGGACAAGCUUUAAAAUAGUUCCAGUUGGGUGAAAAAUAUGACUGCUGGGGGGAGGGCAUUUUUCAUUAAAUGGCUAUAAUAAAAACUUGUUAACACUCUUAUAGUCAAAUUUAUAGUCCAUUCUUCAUGAAACAUGGUCAGAAGAUUUGUCCUAAUGAUAUAUUGGAUAAGUUCGAAAAUGGUUCCGGUAGCUUGAAAAACAUGGCCACCAUCGCAGGGAAUUAAUCCUUAAAUGCCUAUAGUCAAACCUUGUUAGCACUGUGAAAGUUACAUUUAUAGUACUGCAUGAAGCAUGGUCAGAACUUUCGUUCUAAUGAUAUCUUUUGCUGCACAGAACUGGUCAAUUCCUCCAUAUCUCACUUGAGCCACUUUUGGUCUUUCAGGACCUCUUGUGUAAAAAGUACAAAUGCUGUGUACCACCUUUUAUGAAAAAUAAAUGUCAGUUAUUUAGUCUAUGGGAAAACCUGAGCUGGUAUUCACUAAACAAUUCUUAGACUUAAGACUUAGAAUAAAGAAAAGUCUUUAAAUUAGAAUAUUAAAGAAUAUCUUAAAUUUUGAGUCAAACUUAACAUUAUCCACCUCUAUCUACAUCAUUAUUCAUGUAGAACUUUUGUAAAUGACAUAAUCAUCAGUGGUAGUCUGUAGAUAUUCAAAUGCUGGAAGUACUUUUCUAGGCUCUAUUUCUAGGUUCUAAGUCUAUUCUUUAUUCUUAAGUCUUAGACUGGGUUGGUCAAUACGGGCCCUGUAUUAAUGCUUGUGUAGAUAAGGCUGUGCAGUUUUCUCAGGUUUAUCUGGAAUUGUGCAUUCCUUCUAGUCUGGAUUUACCUAUAGAAAUGAAUUCCAGACCAUUCAGCGAAAUAUUUCAUAAAGGUGUCGUCUGUGACUAGCCUCUGCAAAGGCUAGUCUGGAACCAUACUUUUCACACAUGCAUUUGGCCCAGUCUUUCUAAAGCGUUACAAAAUUCUACCGGUAUGUAUUUCCUUGAAUUCUUGCCAAAAUGAAGAAUAUAUCGUUUGUUAUAGAUCUACUUCUUUACCUAAUAAUUAUUUGAUUGAUUGUUGAAUGGCAAAAUGUUCUUUAAAUUGUUUAAAGAUUUUGUUUUGUUUGAAGCCUGUGAAUUAAUUAAUUAGCAUUUAUUAAGUUUGAAUCAGCAACCGGGUUCACGUUCAUUUUGAUUUGCUCCAAAAUUGAUAGAAUUUCACAAUAAACCCAACAUCUCUGUAACUUUGAUGAGUGUAUUUUACUACAUUGUGUAUCAACGGUGCGAGUUGGUUAUGCUUAAAAUUGAAGUCUUAAAUCAGCAUGGCAUCACUGGAAACUGGCCAUUCAAACUUACACCGCCAGUCAUGGCAGUAUUAAUGACAAACAAGUUUAUAGUCAAUAUUUUUAUUCUCAUAAUGUCUUGUCAACACAUAGAUAAAUGUCUAGAGAAAAUGAAUGCAGAAAAAUGAUGACAGGUUGAGCAAGCCAACAGAAAUGUAAACACCACUUACACAAACUCACAAACUAUAAGCAAACUACCAGAAUGAAAACUGAAUACUAAAAUAAUGAAAAUGCUUAACUACAUACUGUAAUGUGACAAAAAUCCAAGCAUCUAUUUUAUGUCAAGAAUAAAUAGGAAUUAGUAAGCAUUACUGUCCUUCACUUAUGUAAUGUCUUUCAAAAAUUAAUUGCGGAUUAACAGCUUACAUUUAACCAUUAAUAAAUAGGUUUUGGGGUAAAUUUCCACAA